GUGCCGCGCUCCCUGCAUCCGCUCUGCUGCGCGCGCGCGUGGUGGGUGCGAGUAUGGGGUCGGGCCUGCUCACCGGGUGAGACGCUGGCUGCUUGUCGCUAGUGGAUGGUAAUUGCUUGCCUCGCGCUAGAAGGAAGCUGCUCUGUUAAAAGCGAAAAUGAAACAAUUGCCUGCGGCAACAGUUCGACUCCUUUCAAGUUCUCAGAUCAUCACUUCGGUGGUCAGUGUUGUAAAAGAGCUUAUUGAAAACUCCUUGGAUGCUGGUGCCACAAGCAUAGAUGUUAAACUGGAGAACUAUGGAUUUGAUAAAAUUGAGGUGCGAGAUAACGGGGAGGGUAUCAAGGCUGUUGAUACACCUGUAAUGGCAAUGAAGUACUACACCUCAAAAAUAAAUAGUCAUGAAGAUCUUGAAAAUUUGACAACUUACGGUUUUCGUGGAGAAGCCUUGGGGUCAAUUUGUUGUGUAGCUGAGGUUUUAAUUACAACAAGAACGGCUGCUGAUAAUUUUAGCACCCAGUAUGUUUUAGAUGGCAGUGGCCACAUACUUUCUCAGAAACCUUCACAUCUUGCUCAAGGUACAACUGUAACUGCUUUAAGAUUAUUUAGGAAUCUACCUGUAAGAAAGCAGUUUUACUCAACUGCAAAAAAAUGUAAAGAUGAAAUAAAAAAGAUCCAAGAUCUCCUCAUGAGCUAUGGUAUCCUUAAACCUGACUUAAGGAUUGUUUUCGUACAUAACAAGGCAGUUAUUUGGCAGAAAAGCAGAGUAUCAGAUCACAAGAUGGCUCUCAUGUCAGUUCUGGGGACUGCUGUUAUGAGCAAUAUGGAAUCCUUUCAGUACCACUCUGAAGAAUCUCAGAUUUAUCUCAGUGGAUUUCUUCCAAAGUGUGAUGCAGACCACUCUUUCACUAGUCUUUCAACACCAGAAAGAAGUUUCAUCUUCAUAAACAGUCGACCAGUACAUCAAAAAGAUAUCUUAAAGUUAAUCCGACAUCAUUACAAUCUGAAAUGCCUAAAGGAAUCUACUCGUUUGUAUCCUGUUUUCUUUCUGAAAAUCGAUGUUCCUACAGCUGAUGUUGAUGUAAAUUUAACACCAGAUAAAAGUCAAGUAUUAUUACAAAAUAAGGAAUCUGUUUUAAUUGCUCUUGAAAAUCUGAUGACGACUUGUUAUGGACCAUUACUUAGUACAAAUUCUUAUGAAAAUAAUAAAACAGAUGUUUCCGCAGCUGACAUCGUUCUUAGUAAAACAGCAGAAACAGAUGUGCUUUUUAAUAAAAUGGAAUCAUCUGGAAAGAAUUAUUCAAAUGUUGAUACUUCAAUCAUUCCAUUCCAAAAUGAUAUGCAUAAUGAUGAAUCUGGAAAAAACAAUGAUGAUUGUUUAAAUCACCAGAUAAGUAUUGGUGACUUUGGUUAUGGUCAUUGUAGUAGUGAAAUUUCUAACGUUGAUAAAAACACUAAGAAUGCAUUUCAAGACAUUUCAAUGAGUAAUGUAUCAUGGGAGAACACUCAGACGGAAUAUAGUAAAACUUGUUUUGUAGGUUCCAUUAAGCACACCCAGUCAGAAAAUGGCAAUAAAGACCAUAUAGAUGAGAGUGGGGAAAAUGAGGAAGAAGCAGGUCUUGAAAACUCUUUGGAAAUUUCUGCAGAUGAGUGGAGCAGGGGAAAUAUACUUAAAAAUUCAGUGGGAGAGAAUAUUGAACCUGUGAAAAUUUUAGUGCCUGAAAAAAGUUUACCAUGUAAAGUAAGUAAUAAUAAUUAUCCAAGCCCUGAACAAACGAAUCUUAAUGAAGAUCCAUGUAACAAAAAAUCAAAUGUAAUAGAUAAUAAAUCUGGAAAAGUUACAGCUUAUGAUUUACUUAGCAAUCGAGUAGUCAAGAAACCCAUGUCAGCAAGUGCUCUUUUUGUUCAAGAUCAUCGUCCUCAGUUUCUCAUAGAAAAUCCUAAGACUAGUUUAGAGGAUGCAACACUACAAAUUGAAGAACUGUGGAAGACAUUGAGUGAAGAGGAAAAACUGAAAUAUGAAGAGAAGGCUACUAAAGACUUGGAACGAUACAAUAAUCAAAUGAAGAGAGCCAUUGAACAGGAGUCACAAAUAUCAUUGAAAGAUGGCAGAAAAAAGAUAAAACCCACCAGCGCAUGGAAUUUGGCUCAGAAGCACAAGUUGAAAACCUCAUUAUCUAAUCAACCAAAACUUGAUGAACUCCUUCAGUCCCAAAUUGAAAAAAGGAGUCAAAAUAUUAAAAUGGUACAGAUCCCCUUUUCUAUGAAAAACUUAAAAAUAAAUUUUAAGAAACAAGACAAAGUUGACUUAGAAGAGAAGAAUGAACCUUGCUUGAUCCACAAUCUCAGGUUUCCUGAUGCAUGGCUAAUGACAUCCAAAACAGAGGUAAUGUUAUUAAAUCCAUAUAGAGUAGAAGAAGCCCUGCUAUUUAAAAGACUUCUUGAGAAUCAUAAACUUCCUGCAGAGCCACUGGAAAAGCCAAUUAUGUUAACAGAGAGUCUUUUUAAUGGAUCUCAUUAUUUAGACGUUUUAUAUAAAAUGACAGCAGAUGACCAAAGAUACAGUGGAUCAACUUACCUGUCUGAUCCUCGUCUUACAGCGAAUGGUUUCAAGAUAAAACUGAUACCAGGAGUUUCAAUUACUGAAAAUUACUUGGAAAUAGAAGGAAUGGCUAAUUGUCUCCCAUUCUAUGGAGUAGCAGAUUUAAAAGAAAUUCUUAAUGCUAUAUUAAACAAAAAUGCAAAGGAAGUUUAUGAAUGUAGACCUCGCAAAGUGAUAAGUUAUUUAGAGGGAGAAGCAGUGCGUCUAUCCAGACAAUUACCCAUGUACUUAUCAAAAGAGGACAUCCAAGACAUUAUCUACAGAAUGAAGCACCAGUUUGGAAAUGAAAUUAAAGGUUCUUCAAAUACAAUAAUAAGAACAUUUUGGAGACCCAUCUUAAGCAAAUCUGAGGAAUAAUAUGAGAUUUAAGAAGUUUGGCAUAAUUACAAAUGAAUUCAGAAAACCUCCAUGAAUUUCUUGCUUUGGAUUCAGUAUGUCAACUGGUAUGUAGUAUCAGUAUUAAAAGUAUUACAUGACUGCUAAUAUGCUGUUAAAGUAAACAUGUAUAGGAUAUAAAUACCAUCUAUAUUAGGUCUCAGAAAUUAUUCCUUUUUAGUCAAGCCAUAUUUAGAACUAUAAGUAAAAAAUGUAUACUUCACUGUUCAAAUAGGUGCUCUUUUUUUCAUGAUUCAUUUUUUUUUGCUUGAAUUUAGCCAAUAGGAAAGAGUAGAAAUAAGGAAGGUUAUCAGUUUCACCAUACAGCUUGGUGGCAUAUAUUUUCCUCCCCUUUCACAAAGUGCAUUAAAUAAAGUAAGUCUUUUUUAAUAAUCUCUUAAAGAGAUGAUGAGAUAAACUAUAGAGAAAAAAAAAACUGACUAGCCAGUGGGAGAUGUAGGACGAGGGAAAUAAUUUGGAUUAACAGGAUAGAUAUUAGAGGAUAUCUUAAAAUAGUUUUUUUUAAGUAUCUUCCCUAUAGGAAAAAUUUGAAUUGAAAGCUGUCGAGAAAUUAUUUAUAAAUGGAAAAUUAGAGAGUAAAAGAUGGGCAAGAUAGCUAUAUACCUUAUAUAACUACAAAUUUUUCUGAACAAUUUUUCUUGAGAGGUAUGAAAACUUUAAAUGCUGAAUAUGUUAUUAGGUUAAUUUUAAUUAUAGUAGCAAAUUACAGGUUGAAAAACCAAAAUAAUAUAAAUAAUAUGGAAAAUAAUGAUUGCCAUGUAUUUAACUUAUAUUAAACCUAAUCUGUAAAUUAAAUUUCUAACCACUAAGCUUAGAUAAGAAUUAUUUUUAAAAUACUGCACAGUAAUUUAUAUUCAUAAUGAUGAUUCUUAGAACAAGGCAAGGUCUUGAGAAUUAAAUUUUUUUCACUGUAGUUUAAGUAUACGUUAUUUAUUAUAUUUAGUUUUUGUAGAAUCAAUAAUGAACAUUGUUAUCACCAUUAGAUUCAGUAAAUAUUUGAAUGCCAUUCAUAUGUAAACAUUAAGUGAAUUCAAACUGUUAGAGCAUUCCAUUUUGGAAAAAUGGGAUGAUACAUUGCCUGUAAAGAUGUACUUUAUUUAAAUUUUGACUUUUAUUUUAGAUACAGGGGUAUAUGUGCAAGUUUGUUACAUGGCACUAUUAUAUGAUGCUGAGGUUUGGGGUAUGGAUAACAUCACCCAGGUAGGCAAAAUAGUAUCCAGUAAGUAGUUUUCCAACCCAUGUUCCCCCACUACUUCCCCGAUCUAGUAGUCCACAGUGUCUACUGUUCCCAAAUUUAUGCCCAUGUGUGCUCAAUGUUUAGCUCCCACUUAUAAGUGAGAACAUGUGGCACUUGGUUUUCUAUUCCUGCCCUAAUUCAUUUAGGAUGAUGACCUCCAACUGCAUCCAUGUUACUGCUGAUUAUGUGUAUAACUUGUAGAAAGUAAACUUAGCAUUUUAUAGUCAUUUUUUGUAUGCAGAAAUUUGAAUUUGCAAGUUUUAAAUGAGAGUGAUUGUUUAAAAGAUUAUUCAAAAUUUACUUUCUUUGAUUUAUGUACAACUUUUAAUAACAUUUGUAUAGCUCGAAAUAAGUUUAGUUACAUACUAUGAGUAGUAGUAUCUACAUCAGGAAAUAGAAUGAGCAAAUCAAUAAUUAUGUUGCCUUAUAUUUAUGUACUGCUCGAUGCCUUAGAAAUUGCCAUCAUAUACAUUUUUAUGUAAUCCUCACAGCAAUAUUAUAGGUCAAUACUCUGUUUUGCAGAUGAAACACAAAGUGCUUAAGUGACUAACCCAAGGUUAGGCCGUUGUAAAAUCCCUUUACUCUUGGUUUAGUUGUCUUCCCACCAUGCCAGCAUUAUACACAGGUUCUUACAGAAUUAUGGUGCCAAUUAUACUUUGUCAUACAGGCAAAUUAUAUGUUUCUUGUUUAUCUCUAAAUAUAUUUAAGCUGUUAACACAGAGUGGGAAAAGGGUACCUUACUGGAUUCCUUAAUGUGAAAUGCAAAAACUAUUUUCUAGGGAAUCAUCAUCAUUAUCAUUUUGAGGACAAAAAUCUGUUUUUUAAAGUCACUUUUUGGGAGAAAAUUUUUGCAACCUACUCAUCUGACAAAGGGCUAAUAUCCAGAAUCUACAAUGAACUCAAACAAAUUUACAAGAAAAAAACAAUCCCAUCAAAAAGUGGGCGAAGGAUAUGAACAGACACUUCUCAAAAGAAGACAUUUAUGCAGCCAAAAAACACAUGAAAAAAUGCUCAUCAUCACUGGCCAUCAGAGAAAUGCAAAUCAAAACCACAAUGAGAUACCAUCUCACACCAGUUAGAAUGGCAAUCAUUAAAAAGUCAGUAAACAACAGGUGCUGGAGAGGAUGUGGAGAAAUAGGAACACCUUGACACUGUUGGUGGGACUGUAAACUAGUUCAACCAUUGUGGAAGUCAGUGUGGCGAUUCCUCAGAGAUCUAGAACUAGAAAUACCAUUUGACCCAGCCAUCCCAUUACUGGGUAUAUACCCGAAGGAUUAUAAAUCGUGCUGCUAUAAAAACACAUGCACACGUAUGUUUAUAGUGGCACUAUUCACAAUAGCAAAGACUUGGAACCCAACCUAAAUGUCCAACAAUGAUAGACUGGAUUAAGAAAAUGUGGCAUAUAUACACCAUGGAAUACUAUGCAGCUAUAAAAAAUGAUGAGUUCAUGUCCUUUGUAGGGACAUGGAUGAAACUGGAAACCAUCAUUCUCAGCAAACUAUCACAAGGACAAAAAACCAAACACCACAUGUUCUCACUCAUAGGUGGGAAUUGAACAAUGAGAACACAUGGACACAGGAAGGGGAAUAUCACACACCCGGGCCUGUUGUGGGGUGGGGGGAGGGAUAGCAUUAGGAGAUAUACCUAAUGCUAAAUGACGAGUUAAUGGGUACAGCACACCAACAUGGCACAUGUAUGCAUAUGUAACAAACCUGCACAUUGUGCACAUGUACCCUAAAACUUAAAGUAUAAUAAUAAUAAAAUAAAGUAACACAGUAAAAAAAAAAAAAGAAAAGUCAGUUUUGUGGAAAGGUAUUUGAAAAGCAAUUGUUUUCCAAAUUUUUGUGCAGUUAUUGAUGUUAAUGAACAUCAGUCUUUAAUCCUUAGGUUUACAUAGCCUAUCUUGAGAGAAAAUAUGGCACAAAAGAGAUAAUUUUAUGUAUUACAAAAAAUACUGGCUCUAAAGUGAAAGAACUAGGUUCAAACUCUGCCCUUGGUACUUAGUGACCUUAAGAAAGUCAUUGAUCUCCUUUGAACUUUAGUUUCUCACUUAAGAAAUGAAGACAAAAAUAGCAGUUAUCAUCUGACAAGAACAUGCGGAAUGAAACAAGAUUAUAUAUGUCAAAGUUCUAUAUAGUUAUUUUCAUGUAUUACCACUAAGAGAAUGUAUAUUUAUAUAUCUCUUCACUUUUCUAUCCAACAGAGAAGCAUGGGGUUAAAUAGGCCCUUUGAUUCUAAAAUUCUGUAUUCAAUAAGUAAGAUUUACAAAUAAAUUUAUUACUCAAGUUUUUACCUAAAAGAAAACUUGUUAAAGUCUUUGAUAAAGGUAAGACAUGUGUAAUACAAUUAUUUCAUAAUUUAUUUUUUCUAAAAUAUCUGGAUUUUUUAGUCUUUUGAACAUAGAGACAGCUACAGUUGUAUUUCCUAAGAAGCUGACGCUUUAGUUGCAAACAUACAAUGUCCUGUUUCCAUUUAUACGAAGCUGCUUAGAUAAAUAUUUUGAGCUUUAUUAUUUUAUUGUAAAGAUAUGAAAAUGAGGAAGUUUACCUCAUAUUCAACAGCUGACUGAAUAAAGGAUGUAACAAGAAGUAUGUAGUUGGGACAAGCUUGAUAUUCGUAAUUUCCCUACCUGCCACACACAUUGAAAUCUGAAUCUCAUAGUCACGGGAAAAGUCUGUAGCAGAUAAGGUAGUUUUAGAUUCUUAUAGUGAAAGGAAAUUUUAUCCUUUUGUCUUCAAGGUCUGCAGUCUAUAGAUUACCUUGAAUUCAUUACCAGUAUUGAAAUUUUAUUUAGUAUGUUAAAAAAUUCUUCCUCCCCAAUCUAUAGUCAGUUUUUAGUUAUCUGUUUGAGGCAGUACUGCAUAUGAAUUUCCAAGCUCUUAUUGGCAGUAUGAAGCUUUCAUAUUUUCCUAUUUGGGCAAAAGAAAGCUUGGGAAUUUCUCUCUAGAAUUUACACUCAGUUUUAGGAAGAUAAUUUUUACAGUGCAAUUUGAAAUUUUCUUUCCAUAUUAGGGAAGUCUUUAGGCAAGAAGAUACCCCAAGGCAGGAAGGUAGCAAUUUGGUGUGCCUUUUACAUAAUUUUAGAAUGGUACAUUUUCCUCUAAUUUGAAUUGGAUUGCAGACAAGAGUGAACAGGGUGAAAGAGUGAAUGGCACAGUUUUCAUAUCCUUUUGAAUUGGGUAUUCAUGGUAGACUUUGCAUUUUACUUAAAAUAUGAAUUUAGACUGUCAGAUUUUCACAUUCGUUUAAACAGAUUUAUCAAGCAUUUAAUAUGUCAGGAACUAUGCUGAGUACCCUCCUACUUCUAAUCUUAAGUCAUUAUGUGAGGACAAUUAUCCUUCUUUUAGAAGGGAGGAAAUUGAUAUUUAAUAGAGAAAUUAGGCUAAGAAAGAGCUGGUUAGUGACAUGUCAGGCAUUUGAGCCUAUAUCUCAAUUCUGCAAGUUCCUUAACUUUUACAAAUACAAAAUUAUUUUCAAAUUAUAACAUUAAUUCCAGUUCACUGUAGAACAUUUGAAGAAUACAGAAUAUAAAAGGAGAAAAUGAAAAUAGCUAUAAUCUCACCCCCUGGAAAUAGUAUUUUUAGAUAUUUUCUUCUAGUCUUUUUGACAUAUUUUACAUAACUGGAAACAGUUAUGUUCUUUCUUCCAGAAAGUAGGAAGCUUUCAGAUUUACCUUUUGGGCAAAAGAAAGCUUGAGAAUUUCUCUCUAGAAUUGACACUCAGUUUACACUUCAGAAUUUACACUCUCUAGAAUUUACACUCAAAAAGAAUAAGACUGUGUGUACAGUCUUGUUCUUUUUGUAUUCCAUUGUAUAAGGAUUACCCCAUGUUUUAAAAAUAAUUUCGUGUUAUUUUAACUAGCUGCAUAGUAUUCCAACAUAUAGAUAUACAACUAUUUAUUUAAAUAUUCCCUUAUUUUUGAACAUUUCAGUUGUUAUAAUAUGUCUAACUUUUUGGUUUAAAGUUUCUAUGUAUCAUAUAGCACUUAAAUAAAUUUACAAGCAUAACAGAAACCAAGAAAAAUAUUUGCCUGAUACAUAAUUGCUACCUUUUAUGAGAAUUUUAAAUUACAUGUGAAAUUUCAAUUUCAUGUGAAGAUAGCAGGGUACUAAGCUGUACAUAUUUUAAAAUCCUAAUUAUGUUAAUUAUACACAUGCUCAAAUGCACAGGCAAAAAGACUGGAGGGAAUUACAUAAAAGUCUUAAGAGUUGCCCUCAUCUCUCACCUAGGUUAUUAAAAUAGCUUCCUAACUGACCCCUUAAUUCCAUUUUUUGCUUCCUUCUAGUUCAUUCUUCACACAGCAGCCAGACCAAUCCUUGAACUACAGAAAUCAUUUUAAGUCAUUUCUCUGCAUAGACCUUGCUGUGACUUUGUCACAGUGAAAUCCAUAGUUCUUGCCAUGGCCUACAAAGUCUUACAUAUAUAUGGAUCCCACUCCCCAACUUUUAUUUUCUCUCUGAUUUUAAUCCUCUACCUCUGAUCCCAUGUUUCAUUUCUCUAGACAUACUAGCUCCUUGGCUGUUCCUUCAAAGUGUCAAGCUUGCUCUUUUCUUUUCCAGUUGCUAUUCCUUCUGGAAUGCUCUUCCUCAGGAUACCUGCAGUAUUUGUUGACUCACUUACUUGAAGUUUCUGCUUGAAUAUCAUCUUAUCAGAAAAAUCUAUAAAUGCUAUAAAAUCUAUCAUUCUGUAAAAAAUGCAUCGUUCUAUACUAUAUAAUCUACAUUAUUUUAUUUUUAGCACACACCUACUGUACAUUUAAUGGUUUGUUUCUACUCACUAGAAACUAAACUUCAUGACGAUAAUUUUUUUUUAGUUAUUGCUGAAUCCCCAGAAACCUCAACAGAGCAGGGCAUGUAGUAGGCACUCAAUAAUUAUUUGUUGAACAAUAGUGAUUUUCUCUGAGUAGUAGAAUUGUAGAUAGUUUUAAUUUAAAAUUUUCAUUAAGCAAAUAUUAUUUAUAAAAGACCUAAAACUUUAACACAUUACAGUUAUUCUCUAGGAAUUUACCCGUUACUUCUGGGUUAUCCAACUUAUUGACAUACAAUUGUUCAUAGUAUUCUCUUCGGAUCCUUUGUAUUUCUGUGGCAUCAGCUGUAAUUUCUCGUCUUUAAUUUCUGAUUUCAUCUGAGUUUUUCUUUUUUCUGAGUCUAGCUGUUUGCCAAUUUUGCUUAUUUUGUCAAAAAAAAUCGUUCUUAGUUUUGAUGAUCUUUUCCAUUGUCUUUCUAGCCUCCAUUUCAUUUACUUCUGCUCUAAUCUUUAUCAUUUCCUUCCUUCUGCUAACUUUAGGCUUAGUUUGUUUUUCCUCUUCUAGUACCUUAAGGUGUAAAGUUGUGUUGUUUAUUUCAGAUCUCUCUAUUUUCUUCAUGUAGAUGUUUUAUUACUAUAUACUUCUUCUUCUUUUUUUUUUUUUUUUUGACAGAGUUUCACUCUGUCACUUAGGCUGGAGUGCAGUGGCAUGAUCUCGGCUCACUGCAACCUCUGCCUCCCAGAAUCAAGUGAUUCUCCUGCCUCAGCCUCCCAAGUAGCUAGGAUUACAGGCACAUGCCACCACACCUGGCUAAUUCUUUUUGUACUUUUAGUAGAGAUGGGGUUUCAUCACGUUGGCCAGGCUGGUCUUGAACUCCUGGCCUCAAGUGAUCUGCCCACCUUGGCCUCCCACAGUGCUGGGAUAACAGGCAUGAGCCACUGUGCCCAGCCCUGUAUACUUACUUCUUAAGACUACUUUUGCUGCAUUGAAUAAGUUUUGACGUGGUGUGUUUUCAUUUUUAUUUACCUUAAGAUACUUUCUGAUUUCCUUUUGAUUUCUUUGACUCAUUGGUUGUUCAGGAGCAUGUAGUUUAAUGUCCACAUAUUUGGGGAUUUAAAAAUAUUUGUCCUGUUAUUGAUUUCUAGUUUCAUACAAUUAUGGUUGGUAAAUAUAUUUGAUAUGAUUUUCAAUUUCCUUCAAUUUGAUAAAACUUGUGUUGUGGCCUAACAUACGCUCUGUCCUUAGGAAUGUUCCAUGUGUACUUUGGAAGAAUGUGUAUUGUGUUACUAUUAGAUGGAAUGUUCUAUGUAUGUCCCUUAGGUCCACUUGGUCUACAGUGUAGUCCAAGUCCAGUGUUUCCUUAUUCAUUUUCUGUCUGGAUGACCUAUCUAUUCUUAAAAUUGAGGUAUUGAAGUCUCUCACUAUUAUUGUAUUGCUGUCUAUCCUUCCCUUCAGAUCUAUUAAUAGUUGCUUUAUAUAUUUACAUGCUCCAAUGUUGGGUGCAUAUAUAUUUACAGUUGUUGUAGUCUCUUGAUGACUUGACCCCUUUAUCAUUAUAUGAUUAUCUUGUUUGUCUCUUUUUACAAUUUUUUAAUUUCAAGUCUAUUUUGUCUGAUAGUAGAACAGUCACACUACUUUCUUUUGGUUACCAUUUGCAUAUAAUAUAUUUUUUUUAUCCCUUUGCUUUUAGUCUGUGUGUUCUCAAAGCUAGAGAAAGUCUCUUGUAGGCAGCUUAUGGUUGGGUCUUCUUUUAAUAAAAAAUUGAGUCACUCUGUGUCUUUUGAUUGGAUAAUCUAAUUUAUUUACAUUCAAGAUAAUUAUUGAUAAAGACUUAUUGUUUAUCAUGUUAAUUGUUUUCUAGCUGUUUUGUAGAUGCUUUGUUUCUUUCUGUCUCUCUUGCUAUCUUUGUGAUUUGUUAAUUUUCUGUAGUGGUUUGCUUUGAUUUGUUUUUUCUUUAUCUUUUUGGUAUCUAUUGUAGGUUUUUGCUUUGUGGUUACAACGAGGCUUACAUGAAACAUGUUAUAUUUAUAAUAGUGUAUUUUAAGCUGAUAACUUUCAUUGCAUACAAAAACACUAUGCUUUUACUUCUUCACCUCUACAUUUUAUGUUUUUGAUGUCAUAGUUUACACAUUUUUAUAUCAUGAAUCCAUUUACAAAUUAUUGUAAUUAUAGUUACUUUCAAUAUUUUUGUCUUUUAAGAUUUCUUAAUUUUAUUAGGCAAAGAAGUCAACACUGAUAUGGUAAGCUGUAAUAUUUACUGUACAAAACAUUUGAAUAGUUAUUUUAUUAAUGGUCAUUUGUAUGUUUCUUGGUUGUAUCAUCCACUUUGAUGAUGAAUAACUACUAGUUUCAAUAGUGACAAUUAUGUGUCAAGGUGUUUUUUUCAAGUAUAAAACUGAUUUCUUUAACACAGGUCACAUGUCUAUAAUAAAGAAAUAUGCUUUGCUUUAAUUUGUGCUUGGAUAGGCUUCCUAUGUAUAAGGUCUUGUGUUAUUGGAUAUAUUCUGAAUUUAGCUUAAUUUCAUUCAGUAAUUUAUCAUUUGAAAUUGAUGGGGCAGACAUUUACCUUUGUAUUAUGAAAUUACUAAAUAAAUGUACAACUACAAGUGAAAGUUAUUUAAAUUACUUUAGAACAAACAUUAAAAGCCAUAUUUGCAUAAAAGUCAUGAUAAUUUAUAAUACCUACUUUUUAUAAAGGAAAUCUUGUAGAACAGGAUGCAUGGUUUUAGAAACUAGUUUGAUAGGCAUUAAGGAUAACGGUUGCAGCCUUAUAUCAGCAUUGGGUACAGUGUAUUACUUUAUUGUAGUUUGUUGUUUUGGCUUCACAGUAUCACAGAAAUCUUGAUUCACAGCAAUAUUGUUGCCCUUACCCGAAUACUUUCCUGAGAGUGAAUAUGGUCAGGCCAAACUACUAUAAACCAACAGCUUCAUGCAAAACUAUACUUUCCUAAUCAAUUGUAGUAUCAUAAGAAUUUGGAAUGUGUUCAAAGAUAGAAAAAAAAAGAUUUUAAGAUAUAUUCUCUUUUUCUCUUCUUUCUUUCUCUCUCUCUCCCCCACCACCAUCUCUAAUUGUAAGAGACAAAGCGUAACCAUAUUUUUUUGCUGAUAAUUAGUAUUUAAAACUAGAAUCAAAUUAAUUACUAAUAUGGUGCAAUAUAAGUCACUUACUUAAAUUCUCAAUGAACACAAUGACACAACUCUUAGGAUAUAAAACAAGGUGAUAUGUAGCAUAUAUUAACUUUUAAAAGGGUGUUUAUAAGGACUAUUUUGUAACUUAUUACUUGUACUAGAGAUUGGAUGUUAUUUGACAUAAACCAAACCUCAGUAUCUAUUUUCUUUUUAAGCACUGUUCACAUUUAAAGGAGAGGCAUAGUUUAUUCCAUGGAUUUAAGUGAAGCUUUUAACAUACUUCUCUAAAGGAAAUUCCCUACGUGUUAUUUCUUUCUAUGGAUUUACAUAUUGAUAAAAAGUUUAUUUGAAUUGUUGGAAACUAGAAAAUGUACAUGAGGAAGAAUUUUACUCCGAGGAAAGAAAGAUGGAAGGAAAGAAGACUACUUAGGCUUACUACUUAGUGUCUUCAGAAUUUACCAUAUGGAUAACCACAUCUUGGUUGUAAGAAUUAUGAGUAACACUUUGGGAUUUUUGAAGUUUUAUGGGACACAAAAAGCUGAGAUGUGUUACUCUUCAUACCAUUUUAUUAGGACCCAUUUGAACAUAUGGUUAUAAUUAUGUAUUUUUUACUAAUUUUGGAGGAUGUAUGUCAGUUUUUGAAAUUGAAGUGGAGGUACAUGCAUUAAGAUUACUGAAUUUUGAAGGGGAUUUCUAUAUUUUACUGACCUCUUACUUUCCUAAAAUUUUUCAAGCCACAGCUGUAAUUUAUUAUUUGAUUGUUAAGUGGUUUGUAGUAGCUAUUCAAGUACUUUGUAAUGUCAAACACUAUGCCAGUAUUUAUCUCAUGAUUCUGAUCAUAUUUAUGUGUGGUAGAAAAAUAGUCAAAUGUUUAACAUAGAAAUUUGACCAAAUUUAUAGUUUACUCUAGAAAUUUGACUAAAUUUAUUGUAUACAAUGUGAAUUAGAAAAAUUCAGGAAAGGAAAGUUUUUGGUUAUUGGAAACAUCCUGUAGUUUCCUUAAAGGCUGAUUUUUUUAAAAAGCAUUAAGCUGUCAUUCUUACUGUCUUUAAUGACAAUUCAUUUUAUCCCUUGGUUACCAUUUUGCCUUAUUUUCUCUGACUUAUUUCGAUUAAUUGCUUUAGCAAACAUUGUUUAAAAAUUUUAAUUUUCUAAUAUUUCUUAGAAAGCUCUAUUUGUUUUUUUCUACUCCUAGUUUUUUUUUUUCUAUAGUUACCUCAAUUGUUUCUUUUAAUAAUACAAACUGGUUGAUUUACCCUUCCUUAUGAACAUUAGAAUAGAAAAUAAAUAUAUAAUUACUUUAAUAGAUAUGUAUAUCCAGUUAUGGCAACAAUUGAACAAUUUAAUAUAAUUUUGCAUAUUAAGGGAGCUUAGAAUGUACAUUGUACUUUUUGUAAGUUGGUAUACCACAGCAUGUACAUAAUUACAUACAAUAAACCUUAUUAUUUGUUUUUUUCAGUUGUUUUUGUUUGUUUUUCAUAGAACCAAUUCAGUUUUCUUGAUAAACAUUCUAACUUAUGCUGUUAUAAUUAAAUAUGAUAAAUAUUAAUAUAGCUUGGAUAUGGCUGGGUGCGAUGGCUCACACCUAUAAUCCCAGCACUUUGGGAGGCCGAGGUGGGUGGAUCACUUGAGGCCAGGAGUUCGAGACCAGCCUGGCCAACAUGACGAAACCCUUUCUCUACUAAAAAUACAAAAAUUAGCUGGGCAUAGUGGCUCACACCUAUAAUCCCAGCUACUCGGGUGGCUGAGGCUGGAGAAUUGCUUGAACCUGAGAGACAGAGGCUGCAGGGAGCCAAGAUCGCAACACUGCACUCCAGCCCGGGCAACAGAGCGAAACUCUUGUCUCAACAACAACAAUAACAACAAAAAGAUAGUUUGGACAAAUGGUCACAUAUAGUAAUUUAUGAAGGCCAAGGACUUUUAUUUAUAUAAACAACUCAAAUUGAUGUAUCAUGUGAUUUAUUAUUGUCUCUAUACUUUUGAUUAAUUUAUGAAUCAGUCAGUCACAUAGUUCACGGUAACAUGUCAUGGUUAACAUGUCAACAUUUUACCGCAUGUUAGGCAGAAUUAAGCUUUAUUAAAUUUUGCAGUAAAAUUAGUGUUUUUCUUGAUUCUUUUGACAUGAAAAGUUACUUCCUAUGUUUCUUUUCAAAACCUAAGCAGCAAACUAAGAAUUUUCAUUUGUCAUAGUUGAUUUCCAAAAGGACCAGAAAAACUGUUGUAACAUAAUGGCUUGCUGAGAACACUGUACCGCAAAGCUGCAUUUUAUUUUAUUUUAAUUUAAAAUCAUCUAUACCUGAGCUAAAGAGAAAAAGGAUCUACUGGGAGAUCUGAUGCUUUGUUCAUCUUGAAUAAGCAAAUGUAUAUAUUACACUUUACAUGUUUUUCCUCAUGUAUAUAUUAAAAUAUAGAUAUAGUCUCAAGGAUGCUUUAAAUGUACAUGUUAAUGAACUUCUUUUUCUAAACCUAAUUUGACAAAUGUCUUUAAUAAAAGAAAAGAAAGCAACUGGAA